AUGGCUCCGUAUGAAGCACUUUAUGGUCGAAGAUGUCGAUCACCAGUGUGUUGGACAGAAUUAAAAGAAAGAAAAGUGAUUGGGCCGGAAUUGAUUCAAGAAGCAGAAGAAACAGUUAAAAAGAUUAAAGAUAAAUUGAAAGCCGCUUUCGACAGACAGAAAUCUUACGCAGGCUUGAAACGACGAGACAUUGAAUAUUCUGUUGGUGAUAAAGUAUCGAUCGGAUCCAUCUCAUAUUAUUUCUCUGAAAAUAUUGAGAUUAGACCGGAUUUGUCAUAUGAAGAAGAACCGGUUCAAAUACUAGCUCGAGAAGUGAAAGAAUUAAGAAACAAACGAGUCCCUCCGGUAAAAGUCUUGUGGAGAAGCCAUAAUGUGGAAGAAGCAACAUGGGAACCGGAGGAAACUAUGAGAUCACAAGAUCCUCACUUAUUUUUGUAA